AUGGUUGUAACUAAAAACGAAUCACAUGACAUAGAAACAUUAAAGUCUACAAAUGAAAAAUUAUCACCAGAUUCCUUUGAAAUGAUGAAAGUUUUGGGAAGAGGAGGCUACGGUAAGGUGUUUCAAGUAAGAAAAAAGACGGGUAAAGAUGCCAAUAGAGUGUUCGCGAUGAAAGUGAUGAUUAAGACCAGAAUAUUCGAAAAUCCUAAAGAAAUGGAUCAUACGAAAUCGGAAAGAAACAUCCUUGAAACUGUUAAGCAUCCAUUUAUAGUCAGUUUGUCCUAUGCAUUUCAAACAAAUGAAAAACUUUAUCUUGUUAUGGAAUAUUUAAGUGGCGGAGAACUUUUUAUGCAAUUAGAAAAAGAAGGAAUAUUGUUGGAAGACACAGCAUGCUUUUAUGUGGCAGAAAUUAUUAUUGCAAUUCAGCAUUUACACAGUCAAGAGAUAAUUUACAGGUAUUACUUUGUCCAGUAA